AUGUAUCCAGGAUGCAAGAAGUAUAAAAAAUUGGAUGCCGUCGUAAAAUUGUACCAUAUCAAGUGUUUGGGAAAUGUGACUAACAAGGCUUUUGAUAUGUUUUUAGAGCUUUUUAAAGAUAUGUUUCCUGAGGGAAAUUGUUUGCCACGGUCUACUUCACAAGCUAAAAAGAUUAUUGAUGAUUUGGGCCUUACUUAUGAGAAGAUUGAUGCUUGCCCUAACGACUGCAUGUUGUUUUGGAAAGAGACAACAAACUUAACCGUGUGCUCUACAUGUGGUGCGUCAAGAUAUAAAGUGAAAAAAGUAACAAGAGUUGGUGAUAGUUCAACUGGGGAUAAUUCUAUUAAGAAAGUAUCAGCUAAGAUUCUCCGUUAUUUUCCACUAACACCGAGGUUGAAAAGGUUGUAUAUGUCAAAGCAUACUGCAGAAUAUAUGAGAUGGCAUGCGACCGAAUGCCCUAAAGAUGGAUUUAUGAGACACCCGUCAGAUUCUCCAGCUUGGAAGCAUUUAGAUUUGUUGUAUCCGAAUUUUGCAUUUGAAAUUCGAAAUGUAAGAUUGGGUUUGGCAAGCGACGGGUUCAAUCCUUUUGCACAUAUGAGUAGUGAUCAUAGCACUUGGCCCGUCGUAAUUUCUGUUUAUAAUCUGCCUCCAUGGAUGUGCAUGAAGCAACCCUUCUUGUUUCUUUCUUUACUUAUUCCAGGCCCUAAUGCACCUGGAAAUGAUAUUGAUUUGUACUUGAAACCUUUAAUGGAUGAGCUAAAGGAGUUAUGGGAGGUUGGUGCCAACACUUAUGAUGUGUUUUCCAAUCAGUCAUUCAACAUGAAAGCUGCUGUGUUGUGGACAAUAAAUGACUUUCCUGCAUAUGCGAAUCUUUCGGGAUGGAGUACGAAGGGGAAGCUUGCAUGUCCUCAAUGUCAUCAUCAAACAGUAUCAAAACGCCUGCCUAAUUGUAAAAAGCAAUGUUAUUUAGGUAAUCGCAGAUUUUUGCCCAUAGCGCAUAGAUUUCGAAAUGAUGGAGCAUCAUUUGAUGGCAAAUGCGAGAGGGGUCAAGCACCAAAGAUGUUGACCGGGGCCCAGUGUAUAGCACAGAUGUCUAAUCUGACCUUUACCUUUGGGAAAUCACCACCUUCAGAAUCUGAAACUGAUGAUAUUACACGAAAAAAGAAAAGAAAAAGAAAUACUUCAGCUGCCUCCAAAGAACCAAGUGCCUAA